AUGAAGGGAUGGGGCGCCAACCUGGGGCAUGACCUCCGUGAACGCAAGAAGGCCCUGUUGACUGCCAUCCACGCCCUGGACCUACGCGUCGACGCGACCGGCCUCUCUCCUGACGAGUGGCUCUACCGUUACGACUUGGAAGACCAACUCUCCGUCAUCUUCUCCGAUGACGAGGCCUAUUGGCGCCUUCGUGGCACCCAGAAAUGGGUAUUGAUGGGCGACGCGAACACGGCCUACUUUCAGGCCAUUGCGAAUGGCCGCCGUAGACGCAACACCAUCCCCCUCCUCUGGGAUGGCCCGGCUCUCCUGCAGUCCCCCUGUGACAUCUGGGCCCAUGUCGAUGGGUUCUAUAGGUCCCUGUUCUCCGCCGCUCCUUGGAGCGGCCUUUCCCUAGCCCAUGAUUGCUGGACCGGCCUCCAGCUGGUUUCUGACGCGGAGAACGCGGCCCUUACGGACCCCUUCUCUGAGGGCGGGGUCUGGACUGCCAUUAGAGGCAUGAAUCCUACCUCGGCACCAGGGCUAGAUGGCCUCCCGGUUUAA